AUGCCCCAAUACGAUGGACCUAUUGUCGACGAACAAAACCCCUUCUACUGCCCUUCUAUUCCUGCAGACUCCUAUCAUCAAUUUCUCAAGGAAGCUCGCCAAAUGCUGAAUACUGAACGCCCUCCAGACCACGACAUUUUCCAUUCGUACCAGCGAGCUCUCGAGAAAUCUCUCAGCAAAUCUGACGACGGAGGAAGUGUGUGCAAGAUGGACUGGAUUCGAGACGACCCGAUGCCCCCCGAUUGUGCAUGGCCUUCCAGUCAGCCUGCUCCUGGUUCAGACGAACUGCCUCCUUAUUCCUCGGUCGAACUUACUCGAGCUCCUGCUAAACCACGGCAUAAUACAGCUCUCGACUCGGAAGCUGCGAAAUCUCUUCUUCAGCUUAGGGAGCGACAACCCGACUUCAAAAAGAAACUCUCCGAUUCCUUCAGCGACUUUGAAGCACCACCCCAAUACGCUCGUUCGAUGGUCUCUUUUCAUAACAGCUCUUUCGAGUUCGAGGUCUCGAGGAAAGGUCUCAACUUCUUUACGGCAUCUUCUUCUCCGACCGCACGAGUGGACGCCUAUCUGCAUUCUACGAUGGACAACAUUGGCCAUCUCAUAGACCAGCUAGAUCGUGCUCUUCCCGGUAUUCGCCUCGCUGAAAGGCUUAGAUGCCAGCCGCGCGCAACCCCUCAGUCUAUCAUGGAUUUCCUCGUCGAAAAUGGUAUCUUAAUUGGCAUUCGUUGA